CCCACCUGGCCUACCACAAUCACAACCUACCUCCUGACUCUGCUAUUCGAGCAGAACCACCACCUAAUUCUGUAACUUUAACAGCUAGCUUGCUUUGGCAAGUGGAAAACCACCAGCUGAUAUUCAUGUCAUCAAUGUUCAAUGCUUAUUUAAUUCCUAUCCGGCCUGAUAUGACAACUCCUAGCACAAUUACUAUUGCUAAUUUUCAGAAAAUCGUCAUUUCGGUGCCUAUUACUCCCACUCAU